AUGCUCUCCCGGGCCGCCAAAUCCGCGUACCGCCGUACGGCGGCGCCAACUCUUUCGCUGCGGAGUGUUCGGGGCGCACACAGCUCGGUGCCACGCCCGGCUUCGGCCGCAACCGCAACAAGCGCCUGGGCGGCCGCAACCGAGCAUGCGCACUCGGUCCUUGCCAAGGCGCCUCCACCACGGCAGGCCGAUGACCGCUUGGACCCGCUAGCGGUGAUCAAGACGGAGAUUGGGGCGCUCAAGGGCUCGCUGUUCCACAUGCUCGGGUCGAGCCAUCCGGCCCUCGACGCCGUCGCUAAAUACUAUUUCAACGCUGAGGGAAAACACCUCCGCCCACUGCUUGUGCUGCUCAUGGCGCAGGCUACGAACGGGAUCGGAGAGGGAUGGGGAGGUGUCGCAGCCGAGGCCGAGGAGCAGUUACGUUCGGGGAGCGGUGGGAUCGACGACGCUCUCACGAGCGAGGGCGGUGUACUCAACGACUGGAACCCCGAGAGUAUGGGUCCAGAGCCCAAGGGCGCCCAAACAUUCGCAUCGCCGUUUAGGAUACCCCCUGUUGGUGCUAGGCCACCAUCACCAGCUAUCACGCCGAGCCCCUCGGCGUCUCUCCUCAGCACGGGCGGAGCGACCGACGGCCUCGCGGCAACGAUUCUGCCGACCCAAAGGCGGUUGGCGAGCAUCGUUGAGAUGAUUCACGUCGCGUCGCUGCUUCACGACGACGUUAUCGACCACGCCGACCUCCGGCGUGGAGAGAAGAGCGCACCAUCAGCAUUCGGCAACAAGCUGUCUAUCCUGUCUGGCGACUUUUUGCUUGGGCGCGCAUCGGUCGCCCUCGCCCGUCUUGGGAGUCGCGAGGUCGUCGAACUCCUCGCGACCGUCAUUGCCAACCUCGUCGAGGGCGAGGUUCUUCAGCUACGCGCUACUGCCGACCCAGCAAAGGAGCCCACAGUCCAGGGCUUUGAGGAGUACAUGCGCAAGACAUAUCUCAAGACGGCGAGUCUGAUGGCUAAGAGUGCACGUGCGGCCGUCAUUCUCGGCGGGUGCGAUAGCACCGAGGCAGCGUGGCUAAAAGACGUCGCAUACGGAUACGGGCGCAACCUUGGCAUUGCAUUCCAGCUCGUGGACGACAUGCUUGACUACAAGCCGUCAGACGUGGACCUGGGCAAGCCCGGUUCUGGAGCGGACAUGCGUCUUGGUCUUGCGACGGCACCAGCCCUCUUUGCGUGGGAGGAGUACCCGGAGCUUGGGCCGCUCAUUGCGCGCAAGUUUGAGGGAGAAGGCGACACGGAGAUCGCGCUCGACCUCGUCAACCGCAGCAGGGGGAUGGAGCGGACGGCAGCCCUUGCCGGCGAUUUUGCGGCCGAGGCGCGCCGGCUGGUCGAGCUUUUACCGCCUAGCCCGGCGCGCGACGCGCUGGUGGGACUUACGGUCAAGGUUAUUGACCGUGUCAAGUAG